UAGGGAACGACUUUCUCUUUUUGAGAGCUCAUUGUUUUUACUGUUUUUCAUGAAUUUAUGCCUUGUCCCACCAGUAUACUCUCACUUCCGGGUAUCUCAACCUUCACUCAACUUUCGCGCCUGGACCAUCAUAUACUAGUAGUCUCUCAAAAUCAGUACCGAUGGCCACCCAGUACAAACAUUUCAUCGACAGUUAGCAGAAUGAAGCUAGUUAUGAUGGGGAACGGGACAUUUGGCCGCUGGAGGACAGUGGAAUGUGUUACGAAACUGUGUUAGAACAUUCUGUAACAAAUAGCUUUGUGGUUACAGGUGCGAACAAGGGUAUCGGCUUAGCCAUAGUCAAGGGACUGUGCAAGCAAUUUAAUGGGACAGUGUACCUCACUGCUAGAGAUGUGAGUAGAGGACAGGAAGCAGUGAAGGAGUUGAAUGAGCAGGGCUGUCAGCCCAGGUUCCACCAACUAGACGUCUCGUCGCUGGAUAGCAUCCAAAGGUUCAAACAACAUCUGGAACAAGAGCACCAAGGGCUGGAUGUGCUGGUGAACAAUGCUGGGGUGAUGUAUGGGCGCAGCAAUCCCACACCUUUGGUGGAACAAGUUGAGGUUACCAUGGGAAUCAACUUCUUUGGCCUCCUUAACCUCACCAAGGCCCUGACGCCACUGCUGAGACCUCAUGCCAGAAUCGUGAAUGUGAGCAGCGGGAUGGGAGACCUGUCGCAUGUCACUCCUGAACUCAGACAGACCUUCCAAUCAAAACAGCUGACUGAGCAGGAGCUGGUCCAGAUGAUGGAGCAGUUUGUCAGUGAUGUGAAAUCAGGAGUGCAUGAAGAGAAAGGAUGGAAGAUGGAGACACUGGCUUACCGUGUGUCCAAAAUGGGUGCAACAGCCCUGAGUAUGGUGCUGCAGAGACAGUUUGAUGCUACAGGAGCAGAUGUUGUUGUCAAUGCUUUAUGCCCAGGCUGGGUGAGAACAGACAUGGGAGGUCCUUCCGCUGGAAGAUCAGUGGACAAAGGAGCUGAAACACCGAUCUACCUGGCCCUGCUCCCUCCCAAUGUGAGCAGUCCCAGAGGGGAAUUUCUGCGGGACAAGAAGAUCCUCAGCUUUUAGGAAACAUGCAGAAACCGUGACCAACGUUUGCAAGAAAUAUAAAAUGUCUCAUGCUGAUGAUUUUGUAGUAUUGUGCCAGAAUUGUUGUCAUUGUCCUCAUUUACUGAUUUGAGCAUUCUGAUGAUUACAAAUUUCAUUUGAAGUCGGUUACAUACUCGUGCAAAAAUGUGUUGAGCUGCUGUACUUUACUACCCCACUUAAUGCUGUAGUACUAUUGUGGGUUCCAAGGAGGCGCUAUUGUACUGACUAUGGACAUGGUGCAGGGGUUCAUGAUGUGGACACUUGUUUUCAUCAAACGAAUCUGAGCACCAUAGUACAUGGUCUUUCGGUACAAAUGCAAAAUAAAUUCAAUAAAGAGACAUAAGAUUUUA